AUGUUUCCGCCCAUCAAGUGGUUCUUAAGCUUCAUGAAGUGGCUCUUUCUCUCGAAGAUGGAGUACAAGGUGUUGAAGAUCGCGCGCAAGCUCUUCAAAGUGGUGAAUGCAGAUGAAGCAUGUUGUGCGGAUUGCCCCUAUCGACAUCUCAGCAAGAUGGAGCGAAUGUACCUUCAUCGCAUUUUGAAGGAUCAGGCUCGAUGGGGCAGCGACUAUCGGCAGUUCAUCAAGACCUUCCAGAGCCAAAUCAUCGCCAUGCAGAAGGAGGAGAGCGAUGCUGGCGAGUCAGUGACCGAGGCGGAGUUCUGCAACGCUGUACUCUAUGCAACGCAGGAGUAUAUGGAGAAGAUUGUGAAGAAGAUGCACGAGGAAAUCAAGAAAGAGUACAAAGCAGACGAGAAGCUCCGACGAAGUUGGCUGGAGCACCCUGAGUCGUUGGCUGACCGUUGUCUGGACCAUAAGUUGCUCUUUGCCUUCAUGGUGUGCAAUCGAUGUCUCAGGCACAAGGUGCAUGCGCAGUUCAUGGGCAAGCAACACAUCACUGAUGAGGAAUGGAGCUUCUUUUUGCGUGGUGUUGAGGCUGGAAAAGGUGUGGUGGAGGAAAGCAUUGAGAGCGACUGCCCCAAGUGGAUGAAUGCGGGAGCUUUCAAGAAACUUCAGGUCCUGGAAAGGCUCACGAUGAAGGGCGGAAACAAGGCCUUUGAGGGCUUGACCGCGGAGAUGUUUACUCCGCAGUGGGAAGACUUCGGCAUGGACGACAACAUGACCAAUCGCAAGAUGCCAGGUGAAUGGGGCAGCAAACUAACAGCCUUCCAGCAGCUGUUGAUCAUCAAGGCUUUACGUGAGAACUUUCUUCAACUCGUGGUGCGACAUGUUGUGGAAGCAGAAAUGGGAUCUCACUACAUCGUGUCACCUCCUUUUGACCUUGUUGGUUGUUUCAAGGACUCCAAGAAGACCAUGCCUUUGAUCUUCGUUCUGUCUGCCGGUGCAGAUCCCACGGAUUACUUGGUGAAGUUGGCGCGCGACUUCGAAUAUGAGGAGCGCUUGCACUUCAUCUCCUUGGGCCAAGGUCAAGGGCAGAAGGCGGAAAAUCUCAUCCAGAUGGGUCGAGAGUCAGGUGAUUGGGUGUGCCUGCAGAACUGCCAUUUGGCCGCCAGUUGGAUGCCAACAUUGGAGCGUAUCCAGGAGAUGCAAGAUCCCGACCAGAUCGAUGACAUGUAUCGUCUCUGGUUAACCUCCAUGCCCUCGCCCAGUUUCCCCGUGCCGGUCCUGCAGGGAGGCAUCAAGAUCACCAACGAACCACCCAAGGGCCUACGGGCGAACUUGUCCCGCACCUUCCAGGACAUCAGCACAGAGAUCUAUGAAGGAUGUAGCAAGUCUCGCGAAUACAAGAAACUGCUGUCCCGCACUCAAUUGUGCUCAGUUGCAGGGUGGAUCCUGACCCCUGAAGAGUACUUGGUAGACCUCUGUUGGGUAUAG